AUGUUCUCAACCUUUCAUCUCAGCAACGCUCAUGGCAGCUCUCGCUCGCACAAACGAUCUCCUCAUGCCUUACGAGCAUGCGUGCGUUGUCGACAGGCUCGCAUCAAGUGCAGUGACGAGAGGCCAUGUCGGUCCUGCAAGAGCAGCGGGAAACGGUGUUUCGACGAAAGGCCUGUGCAAAGGUCAGAGCAGUCGCAAAUAACCCCAGACGCCAUCGCUGUAACCCCACAGACUGACCAUCCCGCCUCGCGUCAUCCUGAGGAGAGUCCAUCAGGUUUUACAAACAGAAGGGCUACAUCGUCAAAGUUUUUCCUGGAGACUCUUGGAGCCAAACUCCGCGAAUCAAGUAUCUUUGAGGGCUUUGAUCCAUCUGUCUUUGAGCUGAAUCCAUGUAUUCCACAGCCAUUUCUCGCAAUACCCGGUCUCCCACCAGCUCUACCAGGAAACGCUGUUGGAGUAAAUAUGGACAGGCAACUAGAAGAGCUGCUAGUAUCCACAUUCCUCCAGUCUUACCAGAUCGUUACACCUAUUAUAGAUGCAUCCUGGCUCUGGACGCAUUACGCAUCUCUAUGGGCCAUCAACUCCGACAUAAUUCGUCAACGAUGCCCGCUCAUCGAAAUUAUCCUCGCGUUGGGGACUCACCAGGUCUUGACGCUGUCUGUUGACGAUGCUGGUUACAACGCAGCUACUUUGGCGUAUGAUCCACCCGGCUAUGACCUCUUUGAGAUUUCCCAGAUGGAAUUACUCAGAAGAACAACCGGACCAGACUUGCUCACUGUCCAGGCAUAUAUAUAUGCUGCCAUUUACGCUGGCAAUUUGCAUUCACACUACAAGGCCCAUCAGAUGCUCUCAUUAGCAGUUCGAGAUGCAUACCUGCUCGAUUUGCCAAGCGGGAAUAGCAGCGCAGAGCAGCCGAAUGGUCACAUAUCUGCAAAGAGGACAUGGUUGGUCUUGCAGAUGUUGGACACCGUCAUGUCGAAAGAAUCAGGCCUGCCGUUUCUAAUCCCAGCAACAAAUGGCGAUGCAGUUGAGCUCGGCGAUUUUGGAACUACCUACGAUGCCAUGAAUCACAACGGACUGUCUUACCUGGAGUGUUUCAGGCAAAUGAAUAGACUAUCUCAGCUCAUUCGACAGUCUACGGCCGACCUCGAUCAAAUUUGCAAUCAGCAUAGCUGUAAUGAUGUCUUCAUCGACACUCUUUACAGUAAAGGGGCAUCAUCUGUAAAGACAUCAACCAAGGUAAUAUCAGACUGGUUCAAAGCCAUUCCUCCGGCCCUCAAAAACUAUACGAAGGACACUUCUAAUAAUACCAACAACAACAACAUCAAUCUCGACUCCUCUUUAGACGACGAUAUCCCAAUGUGGCUUCACCGCCAAUCCUUACUGCUCAAAACGUCCUACCACAUGGCUUGCCUCCUCCUCCUACGCCCCUUUUCUCUCGCUACUUCCACCACCGCUAUCGAGAGCAGCCAUCAUCCCAUCUCUGCCGAACUCAGCAUCAUGUGUCUCAAGCACGCGCGGCUCGUUCAAUGUCCUCGCUCACGCAACGAGGUUUCAAUGGCUAGCCAUGUUGUGUCUUACGGGAUAUGUGAGCACCCACACGACGACGCCGCAAUCUACAACUUUGGCGCGGAGAGCGGUGGAUGUAGCGAUGAAGAAUCUAGAGAGAUUGGCGGAGCAUAG